AAUUAAUAAUUCCAGAUGUUAUUAACUUUGAUAAUCACACUCAGUUUCAUCGUAACAUUAGUGGCUUACGCCAGGCGACGCCAACAGCAACAUUAUAUUCAUAAAUCACCAUCAAUAUUAGCAACAACGCCGCCACCAUCACCACCACCACAACCGUCUCAGGAAAAUUGUACAAAAGAAUUAAAUUCUUCAGCCUCAUCUGGCCGCAUCAAAAAAGUUCAAUUCUCCAGUGAUAGUUUUAAGGUGGAAGAAGACGACGAUCACAAUACGAUUUGUGACAGUGUCAAUUGUUUAAAUCUCGACGAUAAACAGUUGGAAAACAAUCAUAAUCAUCAGCAAGAAGAGCAACAGGAAACGUUGGAUAAUUGUGAUACAAAAAAUAAUCUUAGAUUAAUUUUGAAUAACAAUAACAUCAAGAUGAGCAAUUCGAACAACGAACGGCCUAGCUUUUUGGGUGGCCUGAUUCAGAAAUUUUUCAAUGGCCAAAAAGUAGAAGAGGUCGGCGAUGAAAAUGAAGUAACCAAUGGUCAUGAGGCUGGAGAAUCAGGCGAUGAAUUCCCACAAAAAAUGCAAAAUGACAGUCAACGCAUGAAUGGUGAUUUAUCGGAGAAACGUAAACGUUUGAGACCGAGUAUGUCUCGCGGCACAGGACUCGGCCAAGAUCGCUAUCAGGAUCGUGAUUUUCAUAUUGCAACUCCCGAAGAAUUCGUUAAAAAAUUUGGUGGAACUCGUGUCAUCAAUCGCAUUUUGAUUGCCAACAAUGGCAUUGCAGCAGUCAAGUGCAUGCGUUCCAUUCGGCGUUGGGCCUAUGAAAUGUUCAAAAAUGAACGGGCUAUUCGUUUUGUUGUUAUGGUCACACCGGAAGAUUUAAAGGCAAAUGCUGAAUAUAUUAAAAUGGCUGAUCAUUACGUCCCAGUUCCCGGAGGUUCGAACAACAACAAUUACGCCAAUGUGGAAUUGAUUGUUGACAUUGCUUUACGUACUCAAGUACAGGCUGUUUGGGCUGGUUGGGGUCAUGCAUCGGAAAAUCCAAAACUACCUGAAUUGUUGCACAAAGAAAAUCUUGUCUUUUUGGGUCCACCCGAAAGAGCUAUGUGGGCUUUGGGUGAUAAGGUUGCCUCCUCCAUUGUGGCCCAGACUGCAGACAUUCCCACGUUGCCCUGGUCCGGUUCAGAAUUGAAAGCCCAAUACAGUGGCAAGAAAAUCAAAAUAUCCAGUGAACUGUUUAACCGUGGUUGCGUUAGCAAUGUGGAACAAGGUUUAGCGGCAGUCAACAAGAUUGGUUUUCCUGUCAUGAUCAAGGCUUCCGAAGGUGGUGGUGGCAAAGGUAUUCGUCGCGUUGAUACUGCCGAGGAAUUCCCCGCCCUUUUCCGACAAGUACAAGCUGAGGUUCCGGGAUCUCCCAUUUUUGUCAUGAAAUUGGCUCGUGGUGCUCGCCACUUAGAGGUACAGUUAUUGGCCGAUCAGUAUGGCAAUGCCAUAAGUCUUUUCGGUCGUGAUUGCUCCAUCCAGAGACGUCAUCAGAAAAUUAUUGAAGAAGCUCCCGCUAUUGUUGCCCAUCCAGAGAUUUUCGAAGAUAUGGAAAAGGCUGCUGUUCGUUUGGCGAAAAUGGUGGGCUACGUAAGUGCCGGUACCGUCGAAUAUUUGUACGAUGCAGAGGGAAAAUAUUUCUUCUUGGAAUUAAAUCCUCGUCUGCAAGUAGAGCAUCCAUGUACUGAAAUGGUGGCCGACGUAAAUCUUCCCGCCUGUCAAUUGCAAAUUGGAAUGGGUAUACCUUUGUAUCGCUUGAAAGACAUUCGUUUACUCUAUGGAGAAUCUCCCUGGGGUACGUCGGUCAUUGAUUUCGAGAAUCCUCCAAACAAGCCACGUCCUUCGGGCCACGUCAUUGCCGCCCGUAUUACAUCUGAAAAUCCUGACGAAGGAUUUAAGCCCAGUUCGGGUACAGUACAGGAAUUGAAUUUCCGUUCCAGUAAAAAUGUUUGGGGUUACUUUAGUGUUGCCGCUUCAGGUGGUCUUCAUGAAUUUGCCGAUUCUCAAUUCGGUCAUUGUUUCUCAUGGGGCGAAAAUCGCCAACAGGCUCGGGAGAAUUUGGUCAUCGCUCUUAAGGAGCUUUCCAUUCGUGGUGAUUUCCGAACCACUGUAGAGUACCUGAUUACGUUGUUGGAAACCAAUAGCUUUUUGGACAACACCAUCGAUACCGCCUGGUUGGAUGCUUUGAUUGCUGAGCGGGUGCAGUCAGAAAAACCUGACAUUUUGUUGGGUGUUAUGUGUGGAGCUCUUCAUAUUGCUGAUAGACAAAUUACAGAGGCUUUCAACAGUUUCCAAACAUCCUUGGAAAAGGGUCAAAUUCAGGCUGCCAACACUUUGACGAAUGUCAUUGAUGUGGAACUCAUCAAUGGCGGUAUACGUUACAAGGUUCAGGCUGCCAAGAGUGGUGCCAAUACUUACUUCUUGUUGAUGAACAAUUCCUUUAAGGAAUUGGAAGUUCAUCGCCUGUCUGAUGGUGGUAUGUUGCUGUCAUUUGAUGGUGCUUCCUUUACCACAUACAUGAAAGAGGAGGUGGACCGUUAUCGCAUUGUCAUCGGUAAUCAAACCUGUGUAUUCGAAAAGGAAAACGAUCCCUCGUUAUUGCGCAGUCCUUCAGCUGGUAAACUAGUUAAUCUACUAGUCGAAGAUGGUGCCCACGUUAAUAAGGGCCAAGCAUAUGCGGAAAUUGAAGUAAUGAAAAUGGUUAUGACCUUAACUUCUCAAGAAGCUGGUACUGUCUCGUUUGUGAGGAGACCUGGUGCUGUUUUAGAUGCUGGUUCUCUAUUGGGACAUUUGGAGCUGGAUGAUCCAUCUUUGGUUACCAAAGCGCAGCCAUAUAAGGGACAAUUCCCACAACCUGAAAAUCCUCCAGUGCCAGAGAAACUAAACCGUGUCCAUAAUACAUAUAAAACCAUUUUGGAAAAUACUUUAGCCGGUUUUUGUUUACCAGAACCCUACAAUGCCCAACGUUUGCGUGAUGUCAUUGAGAAGUUUAUGCAAAGCUUAAGAGAUCCCUCUUUGCCGUUGUUGGAGCUGCAAGAAGUCAUUGCUUCCAUAUCGGGAAGAAUACCCAUUUCGGUGGAGAAAAAGAUACGCAAACUCAUGACUUUGUAUGAAAGAAACAUUACCAGUGUGUUGGCCCAGUUUCCCUCCCAACAGAUUGCCAGUGUUAUUGACUUCCAUGCUGCCACUCUGCAAAAGAGAGCCGAUCGUGAUCACUUCUUCCUUACAACUCAGGGCAUUGUUCAAUUGGUGCAACGCUAUCGUAACGGCAUACGUGGACGCAUGAAGGCAGCUGUCCAUGAACUGCUACGUCAAUACUACGAUGUAGAGUGUCAAUUCCAACAUGGACACUAUGACAAAUGUGUGGGUUUGGUUAGGGAACGUAAUAAAGACGAUAUGCAAACUGUGGUUAAUACAAUUUUCUCACAUUCCCAAGUGGCCAAGAAGAAUCUACUCGUCACCUUGCUAAUCGAUCAUUUGUGGGCCAAUGAACCUGGUCUAACUGAUGAGUUGGCUCAUACACUUAACGAAUUGACCUCAUUGAAUCGAGCCGAACAUUCUCGUGUAGCUUUACGAGCCCGCCAAGUCCUUAUUGCAGCCCAUCAACCUGCCUAUGAACUUAGACACAAUCAAAUGGAGUCUAUAUUCCUUUCAGCUGUCGAUAUGUAUGGUCAUGAUUUCCAUCCGGAAAAUCUACAACGUUUGAUCCUCUCGGAAACUUCUAUCUUUGAUAUUCUGCAUGACUUUUUCUAUCACUCCAAUCGCGCGGUAUGCAAUGCUGCCCUGGAAGUGUAUGUAAGAAGAGCCUAUACAUCGUAUGAGUUGACUUGUUUACAACAUUUGGAAUUGUCCGGUGGUUUGCCAUUGGUGCAUUUCCAAUUCCUAUUACCCACUGCCCAUCCAAAUCGCCUUUAUUCACGCAUGUCCCACGAUGGUGUUGAAGGUGGCCCCGAGAAUGUUAGUAAUACGUUCUUGCGUACCGGCUGCAUGUCUGCAUUCGAUUCCUUUGAACAUUUCGAAAUGUAUUCUGACGAAAUAUUGGACUUGCUUGAGGAUUUGGCAUCACCAGCAUUUGUGAGUGCAAAGGUUUUGGAGGCUGUUGAUGCUGUGGAUUCCAUGUCUGAUGGCCGUUUGAGUACCUCAAUUAAUGUAUCACUUUCUGAUCCAAUUACAAGAGCCAAUGCGGCCGAAGAAGCCAAAUCUACCGAACCCAUACAUAUCAUCAGUGUGGCCGUUCGCGAAACCGGAGAUAUGGAUGAUGUUCAAAUGGCCCAGAUUUUCGGCAACUAUUGUAAAACACACCGCGAAGAAUUAUUGCAAAGGCGCAUUCGUCGAAUCACCUUUGCAGCAUUGAAGAAGCGUCAAUUCCCCAAGUUCUUCACGUAUCGUGCCCGUGAUAAUUUCGAAGAAGAUCGCAUAUACCGCCAUUUGGAGCCGGCCUGUGCCUUCCAACUGGAAUUGAAUCGUAUGAGAACAUAUGAUCUCGAAGCCUUGCCAACUGCCAAUCAAAAAAUGCAUUUAUAUUUGGGCCGAGCAAAGGUAUCACAGGGUCAAGAAGUGACCGAUUAUCGUUUCUUUAUCCGUUCGAUUAUUCGCCAUUCCGAUUUGAUAACCAAAGAGGCUUCAUUUGAGUACCUACAAAAUGAAGGUGAACGGGUUCUACUUGAAGCCAUGGAUGAACUAGAAGUUGCAUUCUCACAUCCUCAUGCCAAGCGUACGGAUUGUAAUCACAUAUUCUUGAACUUUGUUCCCACGGUCAUCAUGGAUCCUGCCAAAAUUGAAGAGUCCGUGACAAAAAUGAUUAUGCGUUAUGGUCCCAGAUUGUGGAAAUUGCGUGUAUUGCAGGCUGAGUUGAAAAUGUUGAUUCGUCAAUCGCCCCAGGCAUCGACACAAGCUAUUCGCUUGUGCAUUGCCAAUGAUUCUGGGUAUUUCUUGGAUAUAUCCAUGUAUACCGAACAGACUGAUCCUCUCACGGGCAUUAUUAAGUUCAAGGCAUAUGGUGAUAAAUUAGGUUCCUUACACGGACUGCCAAUUUCCACGCCCUAUAUGACUAAAGAUUUCCUCCAGCAAAAACGCUUCCAAGCUCAAAGUAAUGGCACAACCUAUGUUUAUGACAUUCCCGAUAUGUUCCGUCAAAUGACUGAACGUCAUUGGAAGGAGUUUUCAAAAGCAAGACCAACAGUCGAUGUUCGUAUACCCGAAAAGAUUCUUAUUGAGUGUGUAGAGUUGGUUUUGGAAGGAGAUAAUUUGGUGGAAAUGAAACGUUUGCCGGGAGAGAAUACUUGCGGUAUGGUGGCCUGGCGUAUAAUCUUGGCCACACCUGAAUAUCCCGAGGGUCGUGAAAUGAUUGUCAUUGCCAACGAUUUAACCUAUUUCAUUGGUUCAUUUGGCAUACAAGAAGAUAUUGUCUUCCACAAGGCUUCACAAUUGGCUCGUGAAAGAAAAGUUCCGAGGAUUUACAUUUCUGUGAACAGUGGUGCUCGUAUUGGUUUGGCUGAAGAAGUUAAGUCAAUGUUCCGUGUAGCUUGGGAAGAUCCCGAAGAACCUGAAAAGGGCUUCAAGUAUUUAUACUUGACCACCGAAGACUAUAGUAAAGUGGCACAUUUAAAUUCGGUGCGUGCCAUCCUCAUCGAAGAUGAAGGAGAGCCUAGAUACAAAAUUACCGAUAUCAUAGGCAAAGAUGAUGGUUUGGGUGUCGAAAAUCUACGUUAUGCCGGUUUAAUUGCCGGUGAGACCUCACAGGCAUACGAUGAAAUUGUAACAAUAUCCAUGGUAACAUGUCGCACCAUUGGCAUUGGUUCAUAUUUGGUGCGUCUGGGACAACGUGUCAUACAAAUCGAUAAUUCCCACAUCAUUUUAACUGGUUAUGCUGCUCUGAACAAAUUGCUGGGUCGUAAGGUUUAUGCAUCCAACAAUCAAUUGGGUGGCGUUCAGAUUAUGUACAACAAUGGUGUUUCGCAUAAAACGGAAGCUUUGGAUUUGGAUGGUGUCUACACUAUAUUGGAUUGGUUGUCUUACAUGCCAGCUUAUACCGGUGGUGAUUUGCCAAUUGUCACACCCAAUGAUAGAAUAAAUAGAGCGGUUGAUUUUAUGCCCACAAAAUCUCCCUACGAUCCACGUUGGAUGUUGGCUGGUAGAGUUAAUCCUGCUAAUGCUAGUGAAUGGGAAAAUGGUUUCUUUGAUCGAGAUUCCUGGAGCGAAAUUAUGGCUCCCUGGGCCAAAACUGUGGUCACUGGUCGCGCUCGUUUGGGUGGCAUACCUGUGGGUGUUAUUGCUGUUGAGACACGCACUGUUGAAGUUGAGAUGCCAGCCGAUCCUGCCAAUUUGGAUUCUGAAGCUAAGACAUUACAACAAGCUGGCCAGGUUUGGUAUCCAGACUCAUCCUACAAAACUGCCCAGGCAAUUAAAGAUUUUGACCGUGAAGAAUUACCCUUGAUCAUCUUUGCCAAUUGGCGUGGUUUCUCCGGUGGCAUGAAGGAUAUGUAUGAACAAAUUGUGAAAUUUGGCGCUUAUAUUGUCGAUGGUUUGCGUGAAUACAAAAAACCUGUUCUCAUCUAUUUGCCACCCAAUGCUGAGUUGCGUGGUGGUGCAUGGGCCGUGCUAGAUUCAUUGAUAAAUCCCCGUUAUAUGGAAUCAUAUGCCGAUCCAGAGGCUAGGGCUGGUGUCCUUGAACCGGAGGGCAUUGUAGAAAUCAAGUACAAAGAAAAGGAUCUAGUCAAAACGAUACAUCGUUUGGAUCCCACAACCAUUGGGUUGAAAAAACAAAUGGAUGAAGCUUUGGCAGCUGGUGAUAAGGUUAAGGCCAGUCAAAUUAAUGAGAAAAUAAAGGAACGCAUCGAGGCGAUGAUACACGUUUAUCAUACUGUGGCCGUACACUUUGCCGAUUUACAUGACACGCCCGAACGUAUGUUGGAGAAGGGUUGCAUCAAUGAAAUUGUACCAUGGCGCGAAUCACGCACAUGGCUGUUCUGGCGCUUAAGACGUCUUUUGCUUGAAGAUGCCUUCAUAAAGAAAAUUAUCCAUGCUCAGGAAGGUUUGAGUGUGGGUCAGGCCAAGCAAAUGUUGAGACGUUGGUUGGUCGAAGACAAGGGAACAACAGAGUCUUACAUUUGGGAUAAGAACGAAGAAAUGGUGCAAUGGUAUUUGGAACAAUUGAAACCCGAUUCCAUUGUAUCGGGCAAUAUAAAUGCAGUGCGCAAAGAUGCCAUAAUUUCUGCCAUCACCAAAAUGCUUGAGGAUUGUCCUGAUGUUACAUUAGAUGCUGUAGUGGGCCUGUGUCAAAAUUUAUCACCAGUUAAUCGUGGUGUGGUUGUACGAACUUUAGCCCAAUUACAAUUAAACGAACAACAACCUAGCGGAAAUCAAGGAUGAUAUAGUUCAACGAACAAUUCGACAAAUAUGCCACCUCAGAAUUUUUUCUACCAGUUCAACAAAUAUUAAGCUAAUGACCAUAGAUUUUCUCUAAACCACCUCACAUACACAUCCCAGUUCACAAUAUGUUCUUUUAAUGAAUAGCAAAAAUAAGGGCAACGAUUUGAACACCAUGUCAUAAGCGAACUAAUUUCAAGCGCUCUACUCAUCCAUCCAUUUACCCCACCCACACUCAUAUUAUUGACUAUUAUGUAUAGAUAAUAUUGUGUUAAUAUUCUUUAAGAUUAGAACAUUAUUGUGAAGUUACAAUAUGCUCUUAUUUUGUUAAUACUUUUUUCGAAUAAUUAAGACAUUUUUUGUAAUGCUGCAUUUGUUAUUUUUUCCUCUUACAUGUGAAUUUGAAUUUAAAAAAUAGCUAAAAUGCUCUAAAAACAAACGAUGGGGACAAAACUUCAGAAAGACCAUGGUUGCUUCAAAGGCUCCAUAGUCGGUGAUGGUUUAAAACCUAUAACCUAACUAGCUCUAGCUAACGACGCACAUUGUCUUGAUUAAUCUUUUUAUUGUCAAUUCACAUAAUUUAGUUAAAUUUAGAUAUACGCAUGUUGAUGUCUCUACAUCAUUAUAUAAUUUUCUCAUUUCAUUUAAACUUAUUAACGAUUUUUUAUUGUAGUAAUAUGAAAACGUUUAUAAGUAUGAAAUACUUUCCAUUAGUUUAUAUAUGUAUUUAAAAAGCCAAGAAAUUCAUAUGUUAUUACUUUUAACUUUUAUUUUAGAUAAGCUGUAAAGAAAUACGAAAUAAAUAAGACAUUUUUCAGGUAAAACGAAUGAUAAUUAUGAAGAAUAUAUGGAAAUUGUAUAAAAGAAAAUAAAUCAUGAAGAAAUUUAAA